AUGGAAGAACAAAAUCACAAAACUUAUUUGCAGUUUUCGCCACUGGCAUUGGAUUGGCUAGCAAGUAAUGCAUCUGGUUCACAUAGUAACCUUGACUCUGAUCAGCACUAUAUCAUGGCAGAAGGGACUGGGUCCUGUCAGUGGAUGCAUUCCCAGCCAAAACCUCAAAAUUAUGUUCCGUUUCUUUCAGAGACAGGGCACGCUGAAAUCCAGAAACAAAAGGCAUAUGAUGUUUCAGCACAAUGUCCUACUUUGCGAUUACCAUACCCUUCUCAAUUGGAAGAGUACAUGAGGCUGCAUAAUGUCGGAGAAUUUGUGACCUCGGUGACUGGCUUGGAAGAACUUGGUGUAGAGGAACCGAAGUUGAAUGAAGAGUUUAGUCAUGCUUUUGAAACUUAUUCACGUGCUGCUGCAUCCAAGGAUCCUUCUAAACUCAACAGGAAAAGAUCAAGAGAGAGAUCUUAUGCCACUGAUCGUAUUCGCAAAUUGAGGAUAUCACAUUGGCUAGAUGCUUUACAAGAAUUGGUUCCGUCGCCAGAAGGGGUUGGUCAAGCAGCGCUGCUGGAUGGGGUGAUUGACCAUAUCAAGUAUUUGCAAUAUCAAAUGAAGGAUCUAUGUCGGAACCGAUUGGGAGGUGGAUCAACUUCUAAAUCUGUUAUUUUCCUCGAGGGACAUGGGCAUUACUUUCUUCAGGACCAGAUGCUCAAUGGUCCUCUGGAAGAGAUGAUAGGGGAGUUGAUAAGGGAUAAUCCUUCAGCAGCUACCGAACUGCUGCAGAGUAGAGGUCUUAUCGUGUUGCCUAUGACUUUUGCAGAAGGAUUACUUGAAUCUAUGGGCAUCCUAGAUAUGCAAGGUUGA